AUGGAGAUGACGGAAGCCCGCGCCCCAGCAAAGAGGCCGGCCACUAAGCCGAAGCUGAGACACCGGCCCACAACUCCGCUGCAUGUCUACGUCGCCGGCGGCGCCGACGGCCGGGACACCGGCUUAGACAACGACUUUGGCGACGGCGGUGUAUCCGAGACGCCCUCGGAAGAUCACGAACGCCAACCUGCCGUCGUGCAGGCGCUACUGAACCUCAAUCUUGACAUUGUCCAGGUUGCGGUGACGGACCACGCCACCUUUGCGCUGACGUCGAAUGGGCGGGUGUGGGGGGUCCAUCAACAGGGUGACGACGGAGUGAUUGGCUUUCUCAAGGACCUCAUCGAGCACAAAGCCAAGGUCCACCCCGACGAGCUCAUCGCCAGGGCCCCGACACCCGUGCCGGGGCUCAAGGACAUCCAAGAAAUUGCCACCGGGUGCAAUCAUGUCUUGGCACUAACGCGGACGGGAAACGUCUACGCCUGGGGCUCCGGUCACCACGGCGAGCUAGGCCGCCGCCUCGUCUACCGGCACCGCUUCGAGUCGCUGACCCCCGCACCAUAUCCCUCCCCAAGAACGCCAUACGUAGAGGAAGGCUCGGUCGAAAAUCUUCACAUCAGCCACCCCGUCGAGGUAAAGACGCUUGAGGGCAUCGAUGUUCGGCUCAUGGCCGGAGGCCUGCACCACAGCAUAGCCUGUACCGGAGAUGGUCGUGUCCUCGUCUGGGGUCGGUGCGAUGAUAGCCAAAUGGGUGCCUCCUUGGCAAAAAUUCCCGACCUCAAGGCUGUUUUCAUUGCCGCCGGUACAGAUAACUGUUUUGUAGCCGAUCCUGAAGGUAAUAUGUACAGCUGGGGUUUCUCCGAGGACUUUCGGACCGGAUUGGGCACCGAAGAGUCCAUCAAGGCGCCGACACGGAUUUCGGAUGGAGAGAUGCCAGCCCAUACGCCCAAGUUUGCUGCUUCCCGAGGAUCAUUUACCGUGUUUACGAGUGGCACGAUCUUGCAAGCGGACCUAGGGUCUUCUCGAAGCUCAGUUACAUAG